AUGGCGAUAAAGCCUCUGACCAAAAAGACCAAUGUCUCUUUGCCAGGAGUUCAUUCGGGGGCUAGGAAAGAUUGCUAUAGAACAACGCAGCUUAGUCGCCCAGAACUGGCCUUUGGAAAUAGACAGGGCGCAAAUAUAGUUGGAUUCGGAUGGACUAUUGGGGCUUUUGAAGGGUUGCACUGGCAGAAAGGGGUGGUGGAAGAGCUGGAGGCGCUUCUGGAGCAACAGAACACGGUAGAGAGCAAGAUGGUCACGCUUCAUCGCCUGGGGCCCAACCUGCAGCUGAUUGAGGGGGACGCCAGGCAGUUGGCUGGAAUGAUCACCUUCACUUGCAACCUGGCUGAGAACGUCAGCAGUAAAGUUCGGCAGCUUGAUCUUGCCAAGAACCGCCUCUAUCAAGCCAUCCAGCGAGCUGAUGACAUCUUGGACCUGAAGUUCUGCAUGGACGGGGUUCAAACGGCAUUAAGGAAUGAGGAUUAUGAACAAGCAGCGGCUCAUAUCCACCGCUACCUGUCUCUGGACAAAUCGGUCAUUGAGCUGAGCCGGCAGGGCAAGGAGGGCAGCGUGAUUGACGCCAACCUGAAGCUCCUGCAGGAGGCGGAGCAGCGCCUGAAGACCAUAGUGACUGAGAAAUUCGCCGUGGCCACGCAGCAAGGAGGCCUGCCGCAGGUGGGGCGGGUCUUUCAACCCAUCCUGGCCCUUCCUUCCCUGGGCUAGGUCGCUACCAAAGCCGAGGAGAACCUGGGGCUGGUGCUGGGGACGGACAUGAGUGACCGCAGGGCGGCCGUCAUCUUUGCAGACGCGCUGACUCUCCUUUUUGAAGGUAACCCCCCCGCACAGUCCGGCUCUGGCUGGCUGGCAGUGUUCCCCGAGGGCGGGGCCCGGACAGGGACCAGCAACGCUCUCCUUUCUGGCUGGGGUGGAGGGUUCUGGGCCCAGGACCUGGCUAGGGUGUUGUGCCAUCUGUGGCCAGCAGGGGGCACUGGUCUCUUCAGUUUUGGUAGGUGGGAGAGGGGCUUGCAAAGGACCAGCUGGCUCCCCCCCUCCCCCUCCCUGCGUGCAGGGCUCCUCCUGGAAUGUAUCCUUCUCGGCCACAGCUGGGCCAGGGGAGCUGUAGGUCUCUGCCUCAGACAGAAGGCAGGUGGAAACUGCCCUUUCCCUUCCCGCGCCCCUGAGGAGCGUUCUAGGGGCCCAGCCCAGUUCAUUGCAGCUGCUCUCCCUCCCUGGGGCGGGCCGGGGCAGCGCUUCCCCCUCUCGAGGCCUGCACGGCGACCUCGGCGCGGCUCAUCCUGUUCCAUGGCGGGUACUCGGCGAGGGCGGGGGCUGAGUGUGAGGCGGAGGCGCGCUUGCUGCAUUGCUUCUCCCUCUGCCCCCUGCAGGGAACUGGACCCCGUUUUAACCGAGGUCAGCCUGAUGAACGCCCGCAGCGAGCUGUACCUCCGAUUCCUCAAGAGGCGCGUCAGCUCCGACUUCGAGGUGGGCGACUCCAUGGCCCCAGAGGAGGUCAGGCAAGGUAAUCCCUCGCACGCCAGGGCGCUGGCACGGCGGGGGGCGCGGGGGCUGCUUGGAUGCGCUCGCUGGGGCGCUCCCAAGGGGCUCUGCCACAUCACCAUGGAGCAGUACUUCAUGCGGGAGACCGUCAACAAGGCCGUUGCUAUGGACACGUGUGAGAAGGGCCAGCUGACCUCCAGCAUGGUGGACGACGUCUUCUACAUCGUGAAGAAGUGCAUUGGGCGCGCCCUGUCCAGCUCCAGCAUCGACUGUCUCUGCGCCAUGAUCAACCACUCCACCGCCGAGCUGGAGUCCGACUUCAGGGAGGUUCUGUCCACCAAGCUGAGGCUGGGCUUCCCGGCCACCACCUUCCAAGACAUCCAGAGAGGGGUGACCAGCGCGGUGAGCCAGGGCAAGUUUGACACGAAAGGCAUCGAGAGCACCGACGAGGCCAAGCAGUCGUUCCUGGUGACCUUAAACAACGUGGAGGUCUGCAGCGAAAACAUCAUGACCCUGAAGAAGACGCUGGAGGGGCAUGUUCCUGGCCAAAUCCAGGGGCUGCUGCUGCAGAUGGGCACAGGGGGCGAGGGGGUUGGAGAAACUGACUCGUGUGCUCAGCCCUCGGCCGCGUCCUCUCCCCAGGAAGGACUCAGUGAGCUGAACAGCACAGCGGUCAAACCGCAGGUGAAACCCUGGAUCAACCUCUUCCUUUCCGUCUCCCAUAACAUCGAGGAGGCGGGACCCGUCCUCUCGGAAGAGUUCAACGACUACGAGGCCAACGACCCCUGGGUCCAGCAGUUCAUCAUGAACCUGGAGCAGCAAAUGGCCGAGUUCAAGCGCCUUCAGGGCAGUGGGGCCGGGGAGACCGUGCGGGGGGAGGCGUUGGCCCUGUCGGCUUUCUGCCCGCCCCCCACGAGGAGUCACGCGCUUUCCUGCUGCCCUCAGCUCGGCGGCCUGCAGUUCGACAAGGAGCUGAGGUCGCUGGUGGCCUAUCUCACCACCGUCACCACCUGGACCAUCCGGGACAAGUUUGCGCGUCUCACGCAGAUGGCGACCAUCCUCAAUCUGGAAAGGGUGACGGAGAUCCUGGAUUACUGGGGCCCCAACUCGGGCCCCCUGACCUGGCUCCUC